AUGCUCAGCAUCGGUACCAGGAAAUUGAUUCGAUUAAAGCAGCUGGUCUUCUGCCACGUCAGAUCAAUUAGUCAAGCAGUGCACGUCUGCGCCACGUUGGACUGUAUCAUUUCACUUGCGUUGGCAGCGCGCCAAUAUGAGUGGCACCGUCCUGAUUACAUUGAUGAAGCAGUGAUUGAUGUCGAUGAUGCAAGGCAUCCAAUUGCCGAGCAAUUCUGUACCGGAAAAUUCGUCUCAAAUCCAAUACGGUUCGUGUGA